ACACACACACACACACUUCCUGUAUCACAGUUUCAGUGUGCAGUUCUCAUCCCCGCGGCGUCACACAGAGAGAGAGAGAGAGACAGAAUCGUCCUCAGUCUGAGUUUGGAGUGAAAAUGCAGGCCAUAAAGUGUGUGGUGGUGGGAGACGGUGCUGUGGGUAAAACAUGUUUGCUGAUCAGUUACACCACCAACGCCUUCCCCGGAGAGUACAUCCCCACUGUGUUUGAUAAUUACUCUGCCAAUGUGAUGGUGGACAGCAAACCUGUGAACCUGGGACUCUGGGAUACAGCAGGACAGGAGGAUUACGACAGGCUCCGCCCCCUGUCCUACCCACAAACGGACGUGUUUCUCAUCUGCUUCUCUCUGGUCAGUCCCGCGUCGUUCGAGAACGUCAGAGCCAAGUGGUAUCCUGAGGUGCGGCACCACUGCCCCUCCACCCCCAUCAUCCUGGUCGGCACCAAGCUGGAUCUCAGGGACGAGAAGGAGACGAUUGAGAAGCUGAAGGAGAAGAAGCUGGCUCCCAUCACCUACCCACAAGGCCUUGCUCUGGCCAAGGAGAUCGAUGCAGUGAAGUAUCUGGAGUGCUCGGCUCUGACCCAGCGCGGACUAAAGACUGUGUUUGACGAAGCGAUCCGAGCUGUACUCUGCCCCCAGCCCACCAAAGUGAAAAAGGGCUCCUGCUCACUGCUCUGAGGUCUUCAGGAUGAGACGAGAUGCCUCUAACGUCAACAUUUUAAAAUUUAUUCAAAGAUCAUCUGAAAUACUUUUACAUUUUUCAUAGUUUUAUUACAACAGAAAUGCAUGUGAUUUAAUUCAGCAAUAAUAAUAAUAAUAAUAAUAAUAAUAGGAGUUAUUUAAACUGUAAUAGUGUUUAUUUGCAGAGUGGAGGCGUGGGUGUGCUUUGGGACGUGACCUGAUGUUGUGCUGUAUUUUGUUCUGUUUCUCUUCUGGUGUUAAACGUGUGGGCGGAGCUGAACCUGAAAAAAAAAAAACAACCCAUGAUGUACUGGAUGUCUAUAAAGAGAGUGUUUCUGUUUUUAAUCUCUGUAGGACGUAUAAAAUAAAUAAAUCUGCAACAGGA